UAGGCGUUGAACGAGCCGCCACUGAAAAUGGAACACUAUAAGAACGUUUUUCUCGUGAAAACCUACUAGUAUUACUCCAAACCAUAGUCAUUGUUGAGUGUAAUCUGCAACCCUUUUUUGAAAAUGCCUGGACCGUCUCGCCCCCUUUGGCAGGUUGCCGGUAAACGUGAUCCUCAACAAGAACAAGAGGCUCAAGCAUGGAUAGAAACUGUUAUUGGUGAAAGAUUCCCACCAGGAGUCCCCUAUGAAAUAGCUCUUCGAGAUGGCAUCAUUCUUUGCAAAUUGAUGAACAGGCUACAACCAGGCAUCAUAACCAAAAUCAAUACAUCCGGAGGAGAUUACAAGAUGAUGGAUAACUUGAGUCAGUUUCACAAAGCCUGCGUCAAAUAUGGAGUAGCUGAUGUGGAUUUGUUCCAAACAACUGAUUUAUGGGAUCAAAAAAAUAUUGCUCUUGUAACGACAACAAUAUUCGCAAUCGGUCGCACUGCGUACAAACAUCCCGAAUGGAGGGGGCCAUGUUUAGGACCUAAGCCAUCAGAGGAAAAUCGAAGGGAAUUUUCAGAACAAACACUGAGAGCUAGUGAAGGCAUUAUAGGACUACAAGCAGGAACAAACAAGGGUGCCACUCAAGCUGGCCAAAACUUUGGGGCUACAAGAAAGAUCAUUUUGGGCAAAUAGGACAUCGCUUUUUAAUUUAACCAUGAAAAUGUAUUUAUUUUCAAUAUUUAUCGAGAGUUUUAUUUUGUCACUACCAAUAAUGAAAAAUUAAAGUUCCUUAUAUAGAA